AUCGUAUUUGUGAUUGGUGACGUAUGUGGGGAUGCAUGGAACACAGCUCUGACAUUGGUCAACGGAGCGUUUGGUCAGAGGAUCAUAGACCUUUACCCCCCUGCCCCCGCAGGACUGUUUGCGUUUGUCAGUCUGCACAUGCGCGCUCGUAAAUAUGUAUGUCAGUCCGCCGACUGUACAAUUCCGCAUCAAAUCCUCCGGCAGUGAACGAAAGGUGAGAUGACCUUCUCAUGGUUCGAACUUAACCAAUACAUUAUCGUUGCGGGUAGCCCCGGGUUCACAUACCAGCACCUACUGCCACGGCCUUCUUGGUGGCCGUCGUGCAUUCUUGGCCUUAAUACUUCACACGGUCAUCCUUUCUCAAACUUCCAUAUCGGAUUUUCUCAACAACGGAAAGAUGGUUUGGAGUACGCUUUACUCGCUGCUUCUGGCAGGAUUUCUGGUGAGAGGAUCGGAAGCGGGGAGUUUAAAGGAUAUCAAACAUGUGGUUCUUUUUAUGCAGGAGAAUCGAAGUUUUAACCAUGUAGGUGCUCACCCGGAAUAUUCGGGAACUAUAUUGGUGAUGUUGGUUUUCUUUGGGAGUUUGGACUAAUGGGGACUUUUGAUAGUAUUUUGGGACUAUGGCUGGUGUGAGGGGAUUUGCAGAUCCGAAUGUGCAGAUUAAUCCUGAUGGGAGGAGUACACUUCAACAGUGAGUGCUGUCUGUUCCUAUGCCAAGUUUGGUGCGGGCUUCGCUUGUUGGGUGAGAAAAAUGAGUUUAAGAGUUUAAGAGUUUGAUUGAGACCGAAGGAACCACUAUGGAAUUAUUUCACUAACCUAUUGAUUCAAAGAUUAGUAAAACACUCAUUAAAUCCAACACCUCCUAAACCAUGGGCAUCCCUUUCUUUCCUCGAGAGAUUAUGGCAGUUCUUUCUCUUCUUCUUCAAGUACGUCGCGGUUCACUUUCUUGUCGCCAUCAUACUAACAAGCCUAGAUUAUUCGUACCAGACAGAACCCCCCUAAUGACGCAGGAAAUUACUCAGUUAACUCCGUGGCAUAUCAACUAUUUAGGUGGGGAAUGGCGCCAAGCUACGAAGUGCUAUGGUGGUGGUGAUAAUUCUUGGGAGGCGGGCCAUAUUUCUUACAAUGGCGGCUUGUCUAAUCAGUGGGUUUCGACAAAUACUCCUUAUAGUUGGGGCUACUUUAAGAGGGAAGAUGUUCCCGUUCAUUGGGACAUUGCUGAGGGAUGGACGGUAUGUUUCCGUUUCUAUGUUACUAAACUGAAGAAAUUCAAGUGGUCCUUUCAUGGUCGUCUAUUUCUCCCAUGAGACUCUACUUGGUUUAAAUCCAAAUAAAGGCUAAUCUUUCAAUCCCAGGUUGGUGACAUGUACCAGGUACACAACACUCUUUUCAAUCAAAAACAGACUUGAGACUAAUAUCAAAAUCAAGGAAGGAAUACUAGCCGCCACAAACCCAAACAGAGUCCUUUGGAUGAGCGGAACGGUAAAUAACCCCGGCUCGCCCAACAACCCCGACGGCACCGGAAACAUGAUUCUCGACAAUCAAGCCUCACCAGGCUGCAAAAAGCCCAAAGUAAAUUGCUUCCCCUUCACCUGGAAAACCAUCCCAGAAUACUGGCAAGACGCAAAUGUAACCUGGCAACUGUACCAAGACCCAGAUAAUUUCGAGGACAACUCACUCGCGUACUUUACGCAGUACCAGAAGGCUUCAAAGGAUAGUGACUUGUGGAAGAGAGGGAAUUCGUAUCUCGGUUUGAGGAGGUUCUACGAUGAUGCGGCGAAUGGCGAGUUGCCUGAGAUUAGUAUUAUUGUUGGACCGGCCGAGUUGGCAGAACAUAUGCCGUACUUACCUAGUGAUGGAGCUUGGUUGCAGAAGCAGGUCGUAGAUGCCGUGACGCAUUCGCCGAGGUAUAAUGAGACGGCUCUGAUAAUCAGUUAUGAUGGUACAUCCCCUUCCUCAUUCCUCCCUCUCAUCUCGCUAACAACCUUCAAAGAAGUAGGAGGAUACGGCGACCACGUAGUCCCCUACAUGUCCCCCAAAGGCACACCAGGAGAAUGGAUCGACGACCCCUACAACCUUGUGGGCCACACGGCCAUCGGACCAGGCUACCGCCUCCCCUUCUACAUCAUCUCCCCGUGGACCCGCGGCUCGCACGUCUUCACGGAGCAUGCAGAUCACAACUCCCAGAACCUUUUUAUCGAACACUGGCUUGAAGCUAAGGGUUACACCAACAUCCGCAGCAAAGAGAUGUCGUCCUGGAGACGCGCACACAUGUCUAAUCUCCUGAACGCAUUUGAUUUCGAUCAUCCUGAUCUCUCACUCCCUGAUAUCACACCUGCGGAAACUCCACUCACGUGGUCAAGGCCCAAGGUGAGACCCGAUGGCCCAUUGGGCAGCAUGAGUGAUAAUUAUAUUGGGGCGGCGAUGUGUCAGGCUCGACAUAAGACGGCGCAUCCACCUGUUCCUUAUGGGAAGGAGAAUUCGAAUGCGGAUGUGGGGAAACUUGUAGAGGAGGGGUUCAAACAAGUCCGCGGUUCGUUGACUGAAGGGAGGUUUCUCGUUUUUGAGAUGGGUGACCAGGCGCUCACGAAUUCGGAGGGGAAUCUGACGGUUUCGGGAAAGGUUCCUGAUCACAGUCUGGUUCAGCAGAGAUGGAUUUUGAAUUUGGUUGGCGAGACGGGAACGAGGCAGUUUUUUAUUAGGAGUGUCGUUGAUAGGUCUUAUAUCUCAACAAAUCGAACGCUUACAGAGGAUAAAGUCGACGCGGGGAUCUUCACCAUCGAGGAUUUGGGGAAUGGCAAGGGUUAUCGUCUCUUGGGACUUGCUACCCCAGACCCUAAUCCUGAUCAGAAGACGGAAUUGCGGAAAGGGUUUGAAGGGGGGAAGAGCUUGGUUGCUGGGGAGGGAGAGGUAGAGUUUGUGGAUGAGGGAAUGGGGGAUGGCAAGGGGUGGAAGGUUUUCAGUGUGACUUAUCAUGAUUCUACGUGAUUCGAGAAUCUGCUUGGGGAUCUUUUGUUUGUUGUCGGCUCGUUGGUUUUCUGGGUAUGUGUAUGGCAUUAUGAGGUUAGAAGACUGGGAUAUGGGUGCCUAAGGCUGGGUAUAAAGGAUACGGGGUUUGGACUUGGGAGGUUUGCUUGGGUUGGGGUUAGGGUUAUAUACCACUUUCAUUGCUGUGUUUGGGAGUUUGUAUUUUUGGUGGAAUUUAGAAUCACAACUUUUUACUGUUUAGCUCAAGCCUUACUGUAAGAUUAGCGAAUAAC